UCUAUGGUGCCGGACCCCAGACGCCGCGGCUGCACUUCCGGGCACGGAUCCAGGAUGCGGAAGGUCUCCGUGCUGGCCUUCCUGGCCUGGGUCUGUUUCCUUUUCUACGCUGGCAUUGCUCUCUUCACCAGUGGCUUCCUUCUCACACGUUUGGAGCUCACCAACCAAAGCAGCUGUCAUGAACCCCCAGGCCCUGGGGCCCUGCCAUGGGGGAGUCAAGGGAAGCCUGGGGCCUGCUGGAUGGCUUCCCACUUCUCCAGGGUUGUGUUGGUGCUGAUAGAUGCACUGCGAUUUGACUUCGCCCAACCCCAGCGCUCACAUGUGCCUGGGGAACCUCCUGUCUCCUUGCCCUUUCUGGGGAAAUUGGGCUCCUUGCAGAAGAUCCUGGAGAUUCAGCCCCACCAUGCCCGACUGUACCAAUCUCUGGUUGAUCCUCCCACUACCACCAUGCAGCGCCUCAAAGCCCUAACUACUGGCUCAUUACCUACCUUUAUUGAUGCUGGCAGUAACUUUGCCAGUCAUGCCAUAGUAGAAGACAAUCUCAUUAAGCAGCUCACCAGCGCAGGAAAGCGUAUAGUUUUCAUGGGCGAUGAUACCUGGAAAGACCUUUUCCCUGGAGCUUUUUCCCAGGCUUUCUUCUUUUCAUCCUUCAAUGUUAGAGACCUACACACAGUGGACAAUGGCAUCUUAGAACACCUUUAUCCCACCAUGGACAGUGGUGAAUGGGACGUGCUGAUUGCUCACUUCCUGGGUGUGGAUCAUUGUGGCCACAAGCAUGGCCCUCACCACCCUGAAAUGGCCAAGAAACUUAGCCAGAUGGACCAGGUGAUACAGGGACUUGUAGAGCGUCUGGAGAAUGACACGCUGCUGGUGGUGGCUGGGGACCAUGGGAUGACCAUGAAUGGAGACCAUGGAGGGGACAGUGAUCUGGAGGUCUCAGCUGCACUCUUUCUAUACAGCCCCACAGCCCUCUUUCCCAGCACCCCACCAGAGGAGCCAGAGGUGAUUCCUCAGGUCAGCCUUGUGCCCACACUGGCCCUGCUUCUAGGCAUACCCAUUCCAUUUGGGAACAUCGGAGAGGUGAUGGCUGAGCUAUUCUCAGGUGGCAAGGACUCCCAGCCUUAUGCCUCUGCUCUAGCACAGGCCUCAGCUCUCUAUCUCAAUGCCCAACAGGUGUCUCGAUUUCUUAGUGCCUACUCAGCUGUUACUCAGGACCUUCAAGUUAAGGAGCUUAAUGAGCUGCAGAAUCUCUUCGUCAAGGCCUCUACUGACUACCAUCAACUUCUGCAGAGUCCUCAAGGGGCUGAGACAGCACUACAGACUCUGAUUGCUGAGCUGCAGCAGUUCCUGAGAGGAGCUCGGGCCAUGUGCAUUGAGUCUUGGGCCCGUUUCUCUCUGGUCCGCAUGGCAGGAGGUGCUGCUAUCUUGGCUGCUGCCUGCUUUCUCUGCCUGCUCACAUCCCAGUGGGCAGCCUCCCCAGGAUUUCCCGUCCACCCUUUACUGCUGACACCUGUAGCCUGGGGCCUUGCUGGGGCCAUACUGUAUCUCGGACUCUUGACAGUUACUGGGAUGAAGCUAGAUCCAGUGGUUCUAGGGGCUGUGGCUGCAACAGGCUCACUCCUUCAUUUCCUGUGGAAAACCUGGGCUGGCUGGGGGUCUAAGAGGCACGUGACAACUCUACUUCCCAUUCCUGGACCUGUCCUAUUACUCCUGCUCAUUCGCUUGGCUGCCCUUUUCUCUGAUAGUUUUGUUGUAGCUGAAGCCAGGGCUACCCCCUUCCUUCUGUGCUCACUCAUCUUAUUCCUAGUUGCUCGGCUUCACUGGGAAGGCCAACUGCUGCCACCUAAGCUGCUCACAAUGUCCCGCCUUAGCUCCUCUGCUCCAGCAGGACCCCCACGGCACACUGGCACCUAUGUUCUAUGGCUUGGGGUUGGGUUGCUUUUAUGUACAAGGCUAGCUGGGCUUUUCCAUCGCUGCCCUGAAGAGACACCUGCUUGCCACUCCUCUCCCUGGCUGAGUCCUCUGGCAUCCAUGGUGGGUGGUCGAGCCAAGAAUUUGUGGUAUGGAGCUUGCGUGGGGUCACUGGUAGCCCUGUUAGUUGCUGUGCGCCUGUGGCUUCACCACUAUGGUAACCUCAAGAGCCCUGAGCCCUCUGUGCUCUUUGUGCGCUGGGGGCUUCCUCUCAUGGCUCUGGGCACCGCUGCCUACUGGGCAUUGGCAUCGGGAGCAGAUGAAGCACCACCACGUCUCCGGGCCCUGGUUGCUGGGGCAUCAAUUGUGCUGCCACGGGGUGUGGUGGGGCUGGCUGCUUCAGGGCUCAUGCUGCUGCUCUGGAGGCCUGUGGCAGUGCUGGUGAAGGCUGGGGUCAGUGCUUCAAGGACAAGGACUGUCCUCACUCCCUUCUCAGGACCCCCUACUUCUCAGGCUGACCUGGAUUACGUGGUCCCUCAAAUCUACCGAUACAUGCAGGAGGAGUUCCGGGGCCGGCUAGAAAGGACCAAAUCUCAGGGUCCCUUGACUGUGGCUGCUUAUCAGUUGGGGAGUGUCUACUCAGCUGCUAUGGUCACAGCCCUCACCCUGUUGACCUUCCCACUUCUGCUGUUGCAUGCAGAACGCAUCAGCCUUGUGUUCCUGCUUCUGUUUCUGCAGAGCUUCCUUCUCCUGCAUCUACUUGCUGCCGGGAUUCCCAUCACUACUCCUGGUCCUUUCACUGUGCCAUGGCAGGCAGUUUCUGCUUGGGCCCUCAUGGCCACACAGACCUUCUACUCCACAGGCCACCAACCUGUCUUUCCAGCCAUUCAUUGGCAUGCAGCCUUUGUAGGGUUCCCAGAAGGCCAUGGAUCCUCUACUUGGCUUCCUGCUUUGCUAGUGGGAGCCAACACCUUUGCUUCCCACCUCCUCUUUGCAGUAGGUUGCCCCCUGCUCUUGCUCUGGCCCUUUCUGUGUGAGAGUCAAGGGCCAAAGAAGAGGCGGCAGUCUCCAGGGGGUGAAACUGAGGCCAGAAGCAGAUCUGAAGAGGAGGAGGAGGAGCCACUGAUGGAGAUGCGUCUCCGGGAAGCGCCUCACCACUUCCAUGCAGCACUGCUGCAGCUGGGCCUCAAAUACCUGUUUGUCCUUGGUAUUCAGAUUCUGGCUUGUGCCUCAGCAGCCUUCAUCCUCCGCAGGCAUCUCAUGGUCUGGAAGGUGUUUGCCCCCAAGUUCAUUUUUGAGGCCAUAGGCUUCAUUGUGAGCAGCGUGGGACUCUUACUGGGCAUAGCUUUGGUGAUGCGAGUGGAUGGUGCUGUGAGCUCCUGGUUCAGAAAACUAGUUUUGGCCCAGCAGAGGUAGCCCAGGUGUGGACACUGGCACCUGGCUGUGAAAAGAUUGGAAAAAUAAUGUAGCUUUGCCCAUACAGGUGCUGGAUGAUUCACAAGGAAGCCUCAGCCACACCUCUUACCACCAGGCAGCCAGGGGCUACUGGCUCUGGGACUUCAUUAUUUUAUCAUCAGAAGCACAGUGGAGCCUGUUCCCUAAAUUCUGAUUUGGAUACAUCUGAUAAACUACAGGAGUGGUUUCCAAAGUGGAAUAAAAUAAUAAUGUAAAUA